GAGAGAGAGAGAGAGAGAGAGAGAGACCCGCCCAAUCAUUCAUCCAGAGCUCCCAGAAAACGACACGCCGUUUCAGACCUUCCCUAGGGCUUCCAUUUCCCGUCGCCGAUUUCGGUCAUUCCACACUCAUGGAGGUCGCCGUCCCCCUUCCCAAACCGGCCUCCGCUUCCGCCGCCGCCGUCGCGAAGCUGAGGAGAGAGAAUUCCGACGAGGAUCGCCUCCGAGUCAAGAGGAAGACUCUCCAGGCGGUGCUCGACCAGUGCCAGCGAGCUCUGGAAUCGCUCGGCACCACCGCCGACGGUGGCGAUAACGGUGACGACGACGACGAUGAUGAUGAUGAUGAUGAAGAAGAAGAUAGAGACGGCGGUGGUGGUGACGCCGUUGACGAAAGCAGUAGCUCCACCGCCACCACGAGUUCUGGCGCUGACUGCGAAGCUGAUGAGUUGUGCGAUCUUCUUAAAUCUAGAUUUGAGUGCCCAGACUUCCUAGAAAAGCUACAAUCUGCACAGGCAUCAGUUCCACAAAAUAUCGCCGAAGAAGGCAAUUCCUGGGAUCUAGUCAGUGAGGAAGAUGUAUGGGAUUAUGAGAAGGACAACUUGGGUGAAGAUGAAUAUGUCCUCGUUAAACAAGAAGAUAUAGUAGAGGGUAUUGCAUGCUUUAUGGCCGCAUACUUGUUGUCCCUUAAAGAGACUAAGGAAUUGACCCCCACUCAACUUCAGGAAGCCCUCAGCAAAACAUUCUCAGUGAAAAAGAAGAAAGGAAAGCUUCGAAAGGCAUGGGAUGGAAGCAAAGUCAUCUAUAAUGUAGCAUCAUGGGGAGCAACAGCCAUUGGGAUAUAUCAGAACCCUGUAAUUGUAAGGGCUGCCACAAAAGCCUUCUGGACAUCUUGCCAAGUUAUAUCAAAGCUUCUUUAGAUUAUCAUUGCUGCUGUUGAAAGGGUUUACAGUGUUCAGGAUUGACUUUGAUGUGUUUACACUGAGUG